AUGCUCUUUGACCAAAUCUUUACUCGUCGCGUCCGAUGCAUCCAAGUAAUUCUUGGUCUGCUGGCCAUUGGUGCUAUUUUCGCGUUUCUUCAACCAAACGUUCGGACACAGCUGUCGCCAUUACAUAUAACCAGCACUCAGUAUACAUCUCGCGAUAUCUAUCAAGAAUUGAACAAUGUAGAAGAUACUGAUCGGCAAUUUCAGCAAUCGCCCAUUGGAAAUCACCAUAGCACAUGCCUCGUCAUAUCAAUCGAUGUGAAUAUAGUAUUCUCAUGCGUCUAUUGCAGUCGAUAUUACACAAAAGAGCAUUACAAAGUUUACUUUCGAAAUACUCCAUACGCUGGGUCAAGAGGAUGGAAUUUUCCAUUUCUCGAUAUUUAUGUUUUCUUCAAGAAAGAAACACUUGUAUGGAAAAUGGGCUCUCCUGAUGAUGGUCUCGAUGUAAACUUCUUUUGUCCGCUGGCCAUGCGACCAUUAGGAGAAUUGUGGUUACCGGCAGCGAGAUAUCCGCGCAAAAUAUUUGGCCCUGAGUACUUCGACGAAUGCAAGACUCACGAUUAUGAUCAUAAGAGUGAAAAAAAACCAAGAUCCCGUCAUAUUUAA